GACACUGCCUCCCGUCUUGCAGCCCGGAAGACCGUGAGGCUAUGGGUGCAAACUUCUUGAUAAGCAACCAUUGUCUGCGCAACGGCGGCCAGAACCAGGUGGUACAGUCACGACCUGUUUAGCAGACCCGACCUCCCCGCGCGCGGUCGUCGGUAAGGGGCCUGGCCAUGCUCCUACUGGAAUAGGUCGAUCGAGGAGCUGUAUGAGAAUAUACAUCCUGGAAAGACAGUGGCGCGCCGCGACCAGGACAGCGAAUGUAUCACGCACACCUCCGAGUUCACUAGACCGAUUGGGAAUUCCGUUCUGCAUGAUAUAUUCAUGCGGACGCAAUACUGGGCAAGAGACUUCGACCGGUUUGCCUCAUCUAAUCCACGAAGAUGUCCACCUUCGGCGCAAGUGCCCAAAGCGCAUUCUCUGUUCCCCCAACCGAGCGAGAUCCUUAUCAGUACCAAGUUGGUUUCGGUAAUCGCUUUGCCUCCGAAGCUAUACCGGGCACCCUUCCUUAUGCGCAGAACAUGCCUCAAAAAGCGAAGUACGACCUAUACACUGAAUCUCUGAACGGAACUCCGUUUGUAACUCCACGGCGUGAGAACCAAUCUGUUUUUUUCUAUCGUAUUCGCCCCUCCGUCGCACACAAGGGUUUCACUGCACUUCCUAGCAACCCAGACCUCGAAUCGUGCUUCUUGCCGCUCAACCCCAAUGUUCACUUCAGCCCUACGCAGCUUGCUUGGUACCCAUUCGACAUUCCCUCUAACGAGAGCAAAGUCGACUUCGUCGAGGGCCUGAAGACCGUCGCCGGUAAUGGUGACCCAACCUUGCGCGAAGGUCUCGCGGUGCAUAUCUUUGCAGGAACCGAAUCUAUGGGAAAGCGGGCGUUUUGCAACAGUGAUGGCGACUUCCUCGUUCUUCCGCAGCAGGGACGGCUUGACAUUCAGACGGAGCACGGAAAGCUCAUGGUCAGGCCCGGAGAGCUCGUCGUCAUCCAGCGGGGUAUGAAGUUCAAGGUCGGCUUCCCGGACGGCCCUUCACGUGGAUAUAUUCUCGAGAUCUUUGGAUCGCAUUUCGAACUUCCGGAUUUGGGACCCCUUGGCACGCACGGCCUCGCGAACACCAGAGACUUCGAGAGCCCAGUCGCGAGCUUCGACAUCGACCAAUCCCCUUGGGAAGUUGUCUACAAGGUCGGAGGCAAGCUCUACGCGUGCAAACAGGAGCACACCCCAUUCGACGUGGUAGCAUGGCAUGGGAAUUACGUUCCUUACAAGUACGCCAUGGAGAAGUUUGUGCACGUUGGCAGCAUACAGAAAGACCAUAUCGACCCCUCGAUCUUCUGCGUGCUGACGGCGAAGUCAAAGACGCCCGGUGCACCCCUUGCGGACUUCCUCAUCUUCAGCGGGAGGUGGGAUGUCGCGACGGGCACGUUCCGUCCUCCUUACUACCACAGGAACUGUGCCAGUGAGAUCAUGGGUCUCAUCUAUGGUGAUUAUGGAGGACGUAGCGACGAAUUUGCCCCUGGUGGUCUCAGUUUCGAGAACAGCUUCUGCCCGCAUGGAGUUUCCUAUGACGAGUUCAAGAAGGCAACAGAGGUGGAUCUUCAGCCCGUGAGAAUCCAUGAAGGCACUUUGGCGUUCAUGUUUGAGACCAGCAUGCAAGUCACCCUCACCGGCUACGCCAUGAAGCGGACGGGUAAGCUUCACGAGCACGAACCGAAGAUGUGGGACGACUUGAAGGGUCAAUUCGUCAACCACAUCGAGCAGAUCAACGCCGACCUCAAGGCUGCCGGUCUUCCCCCUCUCGGGACGCCAGCUCGUGUAUGA